UCUCCUCUGCUCUGGAGGUGCUGAAACGUCGCCUUUCUCGUUUCAGAGCACUAGCAGCCAUGGCUGAAAUAAAGACGGGCAUAUUUGCCAAAAACGUCCAAAAGAGGAUCAAUCGGGCGCAGGAAAAGGUUCUGCAGAAGUUGGGAAAGGCGGAUGAGACGAAAGAUGAACAGUUUGAGCAAUGUGUGCAGAACUUCAAAAGACAGGAGUUUGAGGGCUCUAGGCUACAGAGGGAGAUGAAGGCUUACAUAGCAGCUGUUAAAGGGAUGCAGCAGGCCUCUAUGAACCUGACAGAGUCCUUACAUGAAGUAUAUGAGCCUGACUGGCACGGCAAGGAUGACGUCAUGACCAUUGGAAAGAACUGUGACGCUCUGUGGGAGGACUUCCAUCAGAAACUGGUGGACUCCACCAUCAACACGCUGGAAACAUAUCUGACUCAGUUCCCAGAUCUCAAGAUGCGCGUGGCGAAGAGAAGCAGGAAGUUAAUUGACUAUGACAGUGCGCGGCACCAUCUUGAGACUCUUCAGACUUCAACCAUGAGGAAUGACAAGAGGAUUGCAAAAGCUGAAGAGGACUUGAAAAAGGCCCAGAGGGUUUUUGAUGAUCUCAAUGUUGGCCUGCAGGAUGAGCUGCCCACACUUUGGGAUAGUCGGGUGGGGUUUUAUGUGAGCACCUUCAAGAACGUCUCAAGCCUGGAAGCCCGUUUCCACAGGGAGAUUUCUUUUCUCUGUCAUAAGCUGUAUGAAGUAAUGAAUAAGCUCGCUGAACAACACUCAGACAAAAUGUUCACGAUUCAAGGAGCACCCAGUGACUCUGGGCCCCUGCGAUUAGCCAGGACUCCCAGCCCACCUGACGAUGAGAGUCCAGACAGCAGCCCAGCAGCCAGUCCUAACCACACACUGAGGCCCACAUCUCCUGGCCCACCUCGACCCAAAUCACCUUCACAGCUGAAGAUGGGACCUCCAAAACCACCUCCUCCAAAAGUUACUCCAACCAGGGAGCUUCAACAAGAGCAGAUAAUCGACCUGUUCGAUGGAGGAUUUCCAGAGAUCAGUGUUACAUCACCACAGCCAAACGAGAGGCCCGGAGAAUCUCUUCUGGAUCUGGAUUUUGAUCCAUUUAAGCCUGAUACCAGUACACCUAUUGGGCAGACCCAAUCACCUGUAUCUCAGACACUACCUUGGGAUCUUUGGACGGGAGAUGCUGCACAACCUGCACAGCCCGCUACAGAUGGUGACUUCACUGCCAACUGGGCAGCUGACUUUGGCUCUUCUGCCACUACGGGUACAGAUGAAUCUGCAAAUACUCAACCUGCAGUGGAUGGGCAGGGCUGGCCACCUGCUGAUGGUUGGCCUACAGAUUCAACACCACAGCCUCAAGGAGAGACGGCCACAGAUGAGGAUGCGACAGUCCCAACAUUUAUGGCUGACUUUGAUAAGAUGCCUGAAGCCGAGGCUGAGGCCCCAGAGAGUGAUGUAGCUGAAGGGGAAGGUGAAGCAUCUCCAGCCUCAGAACCUGAGGGUGGAGAGGGUCCUGCCACCACUCCUCCAACCGACACACAACCAGAGGAGAUAACAGCUUCAAGCCCUCCCGCUGAAACGCCCACUAGCACUGUGGAGUCUCCAGUGUCUGCUGAGCCUGAAGCAGCAGAGCAGGCUGAGCUCCCAGUUGAGGACAUAGAACAGGAGCCACCGAGUGAAGAAGCCCCGGAAUCUGUUCCAGUCCAAGAAACAGAAAAGGAGUCACCUACAGAGGCGGCUCUGGCUUCUGUUGAAGAUAAAGAGUCUCCCAUUGAAGAGACUCCGACUAUAGAUGCCAAACCAGAGGAAGAGGCCAGUUCAUUAGAAGCCAAACCAGGAGAUGAACCAGAUAAUGUUGAGCCCAAGUCAACAGAUGAACCAGAUAAGGUUGAGACCCAACCAGGAGAAGUUCCUGAUAAUAUUGAGCCCAAACCAGGAGAUGCUCCUGAUAAUGUUGAGCUCCAGCCAGGGGAUGAAACCAGUAAGGAGAGUGCUGCAAACAAUGGGAAUGAGGAGGAAAAGAUGCCUAUCCCUUCUGUUGUUAUUGAGCCUGCCUCUAGUAAUGAGGGUGAUGAUGACCGUGAUGGUGAUAUUACAUCUCCAAUAGCCACUGGGGAUAAUGGCAUGAUUGCAGAAUGCCAGACAACCAAAGACAGUUCUGGAAUGCCUGCUAGAUUCCUUUUCAAGGUUGAAACAUUGCAUGAUUUUGAAGCGGCGAACCCAGAUGAACUUGAGCUGAAGAAAGGAGACAUAGUUUUGGUAGUACCAACAGAGCUAGCUGAAGAUCAGGAUGCCGGUUGGCUCACUGGCAUCAGAGAGAGUGACUGGCAGCAGCGCGGCACCUCAGCUAAGAAAGGACUGUUUCCUGAAAACUUCACACAGCGUCUGGAGUAAAUGACCUCAGCGUGUUGCGAGAAGGCCGUGUGGAUCUGGACAUUUGCAGACAGAGCCACACAGCUUGAAGUCUGAUGUACUGAUGGCAGCUGUCAUUCAGACUAGACUCAGACCACAUGAGAGGAAAUAACAAUGGAAACAAGUGGAGACACAAAUACCUACUCAGCGCAUAAAGAAAAUAACCAAGCAUGACGUGAUAGUAUGGUCAACCUUUUCUCGCAAAACCAAGAUUAAAUCCUUUUUUUCGUUUACCUGUGAGCAGCAACGAAUUGAUGUGUGCUUUGUUGGAACUCUGGUGACCUCCACAUGUAAUCCCUGUCUGUUUAAAGAAGAACUAAAGUGAGCGUUUCCCCCCUGAAGACUAAACCUUCUCCUCUCUGCACCAAGUGUAUUGUACUGACUUUGUUGCUCUGCAGCGAAUUUUAUCAGAAUUUGUAGUGAUAUGAUCUAUUUAACCAUUCUAAGUGUUACACAAAAAAAAACUUAGGUGUUUUAUUUGAGAUAUUUCGGAUAUAAAUGUGACAUUGCAUCAUUGUUAGUGUUCUCUGUAGUUUCACGGCUGGCCGUGCGCGGCUAUGGUGGUGGUAUUUGGCAUAUAUUUGAUAUUGACAUAUAGUUUAUGGCCGAGAAUUUCAGUGUUUAUGCCAAAUUAAUCAAAGUCCUCUUGGUGAAUAUGGAUAUGUGUUGCGUUUACAGCAUGAGAAGUGUUGUGAGAAGAAAUCUGAAUUAUUGCACCUGGCUAAUACAGCUUUGCAAAACACAACAUGUAGCUCCCUAUAAUUAUGUGUAAUAUAUUCACAAUGACAUAAAUGCAGAACCUAUUCUUGAAUGGACGUGGAAACGUUAAUUUGUGAAUGAUGUCUUAUGUUUUGGAGAAAUUGUAUUUAUUCAACUUUAUAUUUUUUCAGCCAAUGACGAGUGGGAAAGUUCGGGGCGGGAAAUCUAAAAAAUAUGCAAUAUAUGUAACUGGUUGAUAGAGUUAUCAUUGUCUUCAUUGUUUGGUUCUGAGACCAAAAAAAAAACAAAAAAAAAACAGCAUCACUCCUGUGUUCGUAUUGUUAGCCUCACUGUAGAACAUUUCUGUGAUGUACAUAUCUGUGCUACUUUAACUGUAAAGUGAAUAAAGAAUAGU